AUGAAGAAAAAAUACGCUGAUCAGGAUGACGAAGAUCGUCGCUUGCGUACGGAAGCAUUGGGUCACGUUGCUGAGCAAGAAGAGAAGGCGAGAUUGAUACAAAAGAAAGCAGUAGCUAUUGAAGAAAGUAAUGACGAUGCGGAGCAGCGCGAAAAGAUAGAAAAUUUUCUUGACGAGCUGCAAGCUGAAGCAGAAAAUAUUGAUUACAUUGACACCUUCACAGGAGAAUCAAGGCCGAACGACAUCGCGUUGCUCGCAAUACCUAUGUGGUCAAAAGAAGGGCAAGGCGGCAAACCAGGCUAUAACUUAAAAGAAGAGAAGAAUACUAAUCGUCCAAUGAGUGAUGCUCACGAUGAUUGUCAGCCGGACGUAGAUCCAGUCGUCGUACAGCGUGAGCACAUGCGUAGCAUCUCAGAGAAUGAGCUCAUUUAA